AGUAACUUGCGAAGGAAGUCAUUAGGUUGUUGAAGUCCCUAUCGGGAAGUUACUAGAUCAUUCUCUCUUCCAUUACUUGAUCCCCACUCCGAUCACAAUCACCGGACAGUCAUCUUCUUGUGCUUGUGAACAUAAUUUUCCGGUAUCUUAACCAAACUAUUGAUCGGAGAUGGUGAGGAGAAACCCCAGGGGCAUCUCGAGCGGGAUGAUACCGUUGAUGUUAUUACAGGCAGCGAACGAGUACCGGAGACUUGAACGGAAACCUCCCGUCACCGCCGCUCUUCUUGCUGGCAACACACUCAUUUAUCUACGCCCGGCGUUCCUUGAUCACGUCAUUCCCCCAAUUGAUGACGUCUUCUUCAAUGCUUAUCUCAUCCUCAAGUAUAAGGAUCUGAAGCGUUUUUUCUUCUCUGCGUUCUAUCACCUUGGUGAAUCUCAUCUGUUCUACAACAUGAUGUCUCUGUUAUGGAAAGGCAUACAGUUGGAGAACUCAAUGGGAAGUACCGAGUUUGCGUCAAUGGUUGCAGCCCUGCUUGCAUUGUCACAAGGAAUCACGCUGUUAUUAGCCAAAUCACUUCUGUUUUUUGAUUAUGAUAGAGCUUAUUAUCAUGAAUAUUCAGCUGGAUUCUCAGGUGUACUCUUUGCAAUGAAAGUGGUACUCAAUUCACAGUGGGAUAGCUACACUAGUGUCCAUGGGAUUAUGGUACCUUCAAAACAUGCAGCUUGGGCAGAACUGAUUCUGAUCCAGUUACUUGUUCCUAAUGUAUCUUUUUUGGGCCAUCUUGGUGGGAUUCUUGCGGGGCUUGUUUAUCUUCGGUUAAAAGGUUCAUAUGCAGGUCCUUCUCCUUUGACAGCAAUGGUUAAAGGGUUGACUAGUGUGUUGGGUUGGCCUUUAAGAUCGCUGAUGCGGUUCUGGCGGCCUAGCCAGCAACGGAUUUUCGGUAGGGGAAGGACUGGUGGCAGUGGGGAUAGCGUGCGUGGUGUAUGGAGGUGUCGGGCUUGUACGUUUGAUAACUCUGGGUGGUUAAGCGAGUGUGAGAUGUGCGGGACAGAGUGUGGUGAUGAUGGUUUGUAUUCGUUACAUGGGUCGAACUCUGAUAUUUCUUCGGAUAUUUCUUUAGAUGAAAUACGGCAACGAAGGAUUCAAAGAUUUGGUAGAUGAUUUUUAGUAUAUAAUGUAAGACAACUUUGUAAUUUAUCAUAAAGGUGGCAUUUUUAUGUAAAUUUCGUUUGGGAGAAGUUAAUGCAUCCUUGGUGCUUCACCUUCUUUGUUAA